GUCCGACUUCUUGAACUCCGGUACAACACAUCCCAAUCUGCAAACACUUUCAGCAGCCCUCGACGCGUAAAGAGCUGAAAAGGCCAACAGCUCUAACAAACACUACCUAACUCCCAAAGCGGAAUCUGCGGCUUGCUCAGGAUCGCAUUUGCGCCCGAGACUGCAGCGGGCAGAUCCAGGGGACACCCAGCACCUCGUCGGCAACGGCCCCAUCACAGCGCGCCAAGGGUGACCUAGAGCAUCCACUAUCCAGGUCCAGAGAGAAGAGACCGUCCGAGCUUCCAUUUUGACUUCUGCAUCGGGACAUCACAUCACACGCUGCCUUAUUGCCAGUGAGUGGUGACUGCGACUGACUGACUGGACGGACACACACCAACACGAACAUCACUGCACCCUUCCGUCGCUCCCUCCUCCUCAUCCCGCGAUCCUUAGUUCUCUCCCACCAGACCCGGACGUGCGCAAAUUUUCCUUCCUGAGCUAUCACUCAUAACGCCAAAAGCCGACCUGGGCAAACUUGUUUUUUUUUCUUUUCCCCUCCUCUUCUGGUCUCUUGACAUCUCGUCAUCGCCAGAAACACAAUCUACAUAAACAACCAAAAAGUGUACAAGUUGGUUAUUGGACAACUGCUACCAGUACUUGACUCUCCACUUGUCCCGACCUUGAGAAGCUUUAGCUGGAGCUUGUAAUUUGCCCUCUUUGUCCUCCAUCUUCGUCCAAAACACCAAAUAAACGCCAUCCGCGUCCAGUACUUCACAUCUGCAUUUCCCUCCAGAAUCCGAGACAACCGAGCACGAAAAUCAGUACUAUCGCAGCUCCAAAAUCAUCAAUCAUUAUGAGUCUCGCCAGCACAUCGCUGCCCCAGGGCGGCCAGAGUAUCCCAAGGUUAGCGGGCCCGUUUGAGUCCGAUUCAGGCUCCGGAAACGCAACCCCACGAGCGGUAGCCGGAGACGAGGGAGGAGCGUCGGAGGAGAAGAAGGCCAAGAAGCGCAGCCUUUUUGGCUUUGGAAAGAAGAAGGAAGACGCAUCGUCCGCUUCAAAAUCGCCUGAACCAUCCACCACUAGCCAAGAAAAGGCUACCUCUUGGGUUAAGAGGUCAACCGGUGCCUCGCCUGUUCAGUCCGACGUCUACAUCACACCACAAUCGCCCGGCCGUGGCUUUACCUCAUCGCCACGCCUUUCAUCGCCAGCUGGUAGCCAAAUCUUCGAGCGUGACGUACAAGAAAGCACUUCUAUGGUCCCAAAUUCACCUGCCAUCCCGUCUCACAUCCAGACUGAGAACUACAUCCCACCCGUGCUUGACGCCUCCUCGCAGGCCAUUACCGACAAGCGCCUUGACCCCGAUACCGUUGAGAUUAUCACUCAUACCUCGCACCAGCCCGCCGCCGUGACGGUGACCGGAGCUGCCCCUACUGCUGUCCCUCUCUCCCUUGAGUCAAGCUGGGUAGACGAACUAGCCGCCUUCGCUGCUGCGCGGGGGGCAAUAACUGGAAACGAGACAGCUUCCAAUUACGGUAGCUUUGAUAACACGGAUGUCCGCCGUCUGAGCUUCAUCUCGUUUGCCGAUGUCGUGCAGGCCGAGCAGCUACAGGUUGCAGGCUCGCGCGAUAGCAUGCACUUUGCUGGCUUGACCAGCCUCACCCCCACUGGUGUCAACCGCUCACCGAGCCCAGUUCGCUCUCCAGUCUCCUCUUCUGGUGGUCACAACACAAGUCCCCCAACGAGCAAGUCUGGAUCGGUGAAGGGACUGGAUUUUGGCACUAUUCCGGGAUCUCCAGGCAGGAAACCCCUUGGAAGCCCAACAAGUCUUUUGCACCCUAGCCCGGUUGUCAACGGCGAGAUUGCUAUUGAGACAAUGUCACAAGCGCUGCGGAGGACAGGGAGCGGCGAUUUGAGUGGUGGUGUGAGGAGCUUUCCUGUAAGCCCGGUUUAAGCUAGGAGGAACAGUACGUGCGGAAGUCAACGAGCUGGAACGACACAAGACGGUUGCGACGCAUGGUCAACUUGUGCUUCUUGGUUGAGGACGUGCGAAAACAUGGUUUAGGAAGAAUCGAGGUGGAGCAAGAAUUCAUACUUUUCGAUAUUGCGACAUUUGGUCUGGUGCUGCCGGAGGGUGACAGGAAGGAUAUCCAAUCCACUUUUCGAGGAAUGGACGAUUGUUGUUGCUGUUUCUCAACCACGGGGGUGCUGACGUGUGGCUAACGGCUGUUGUUUCUACCUCCGCUUCUUUGCUGGAUCUUUAGGGGGGAGGGCUGGAUGGCAAGACAAAGGUUGCCGGGUGCUGGUUCGGUGUGGUUUUCUCUUUCUUUUCUAUAUUCCCCCUACUUGUUAUCCUGUUAUCUUGCUAUUUCUUUUUUCCACCAUCUUCACUUCUUGUCACCCGUUUGCGACCUAUUUCCCAUUUAACUUUUUUUUCUCUUCUCUUCUUUCCUUCUUUUCAAACAUCUUGAUGUUAUACCGAAUACCACCAAGCACACGUCAUGGAAUGACUGCAAUCGACAGAGAGAAAGUUCGAGCUAGGAACCACCACAACAAAAAGAGAAACAGCGGCUUGAUUUGUUGAUCUUUCAAUGACUUUUACGAGAUAAGUGAAUUCAGAAUGGGGUGUCAAUAUGAAAAAUGGUCUAAACAGUCAGCCGGGGCGAGGUGAUCGUCCGCUAAGCAUGGUUCCAAGGCUGAAAGUAAUCUACAGGGAGAUUAUAUACGGAUCCAGCAACUUGGUCAGCCAGGAUCAUGCAGACCGCGGAGGAAAUUAAGCUUUGAUGAUCAGGCACCCAAUGAUUUGGGUAUUCUAGUGUUUCAGAACUCGGUUGACAUCAAUCGUUCCAACUAUCCAUUAUGCGGUGAUUGUGAACGGUUCGACUCGGAGUCACCACGUCUCAAUGCAAAUACCCCACUCACUGAAGACUGACUUUGGAUGGAUUUGACUAAAGCAACGCUUGUUGAUACAUGUCGGGAUUUAGGAUGACCAUCAAGGAGGUCCAUUAUAGCCAUCCUCAUCCUCGUGCACACCGGCCAAUGUCUAAGCAUACAACCUCGUGAAUCCCUCCUGCGGCGGCUGCAACCAAUUCCUCUCAUCGUAUUCCCUCCCCUCCUCACCCUCAAUAACAUGAAAGGUAUAGAUAAUCCUUCCCUUCUGGCUCAAAUUCCUCUCACUCCUAUGCAAAAUAUUGCCAUGAAUGAGCACCAAAUCGCCCGCCUUGACCUCCCCUGGAACGUAGGCCUCCUCCUCCCUGCCCUUGACCUCCUCCGGCUUCUUAUCCUCCCCAUACUGUUCUCCAGGCGGGAACCUCGGCCCAUCAUUAUCCACCAUCUCCGUGCCCUCCUUCGCACCCUCCUUUCUCACCAACCUCUUCUCGAUCGGCGCCCACAAAUGCGACCCCGGCAGAAAGCUCAAACACCCAUUCUCCAGCGUCGCGUCCUCCAGCGCGUACCAGAACCCCACCGCCGAAGGCGGGUUGGUAUACAAAAACGUGCUGUCCUGAUGCGGAGGCACCGCCCCGCCGAUUUCGGGCUGUUUGCAAAUGACCAUGCUCUGCAGACACCGCGGGUCCUUGAAGCCCAAGUCCCGCGCCACGGCCGCCGGGCGCGCUUUCAGGUCUUGCACCCACCCCCGCUCAUCGUCCGGGCUGGUGGCUAGCAGGCUCGCAAAGGCAGGGUUGAGUCCGUGCAGGUAGUGUCCGAUUUUGUUGAUGGCCUUGUCUUUGGGCUUAAUUAGGUUCCCCGAAGCGUCGUCGAAGGCGUCUUCCUCGAAGAAGAAGCGGAUCUUGUCCCCUGAGGAAAGGAAGUAGUCGUCGCCGACGUGGUCGUGGCCGGAGGAGCCGCCGGUGCGGAAGCGGGUGAGGGGGUGCGUGGUGAGGUCGAAGUCGGAGAGGAGCUUCUGGGUUUCGGAGAGGAGGCGGGAGACGGUGGUGGGGGGCAGGGCGCGGGGGAUGAUUAGGUAGCCGUUUUGGUGGAAGAAGGCGAGUUGGGUGGGGGUGAGGCCGUCGGAGGUGGGAGGUUCGGAGGCCAUUGUGGUGGUUGUGGUGGUGGUGAUUGGUGGAAGAAGAAGAUGGGUUGGUUGCUUAGGUAGUUCUCACAUGAAUUGAAAAGUUGAGUGAGA